AUGAUACAAGGAUUCUUGAUCUUAACUGCAGAAGAGCCCAGCAACUCUAUGUUCACUGCAUUAAAGAUACAAUGUAUACCAAAGACAACAAAAGGAAAUUUGGUAUUAGGUGGACUGAUGUCAUUUGCAAGUCUGGCAAUGUCUGAAUUACAAGCUCUCUGCUACUUCAUGAAGCCCAUGGUCCAUGCAAAAAGAUGGGACAAUCCCAUGGUAAUUAAGGAACUUGAUAUUCUCUUUGGCCCUGAUGACAAAAAGACUCAGAACUUCAUUAAUAACUGGUGCCUAAAGAUCACACAAAUUGCUCUGAAUGCCAUUGUCAAGACUUACCAAAUUAAAAAGAAAGCUUUUGGUAAUAAAUUUUAUUGGUAUUGUGUGCACAACAACAUUGACCCAGUGUCAGUUUGGCCAUCUCCUUCUUCUGAGAACUUGAUGAAAGAAGAGAAUUAUGAUAAUUACUAUUAGGGAUUGCUGCUAUCACUCUUCUUAUUCUUAUUUUCUAUGUUUUUCCUUACCAGACUGCUCAUUACUAUUUAUUAUUCUCUUAUUUUACUAAAUUGGUUUUAUUUUAUUUUAUAUGUUGUUUGUUGUCAGGGGAUGUCAACAUUAAAGAUCAGGAGAAAAUGUAGUGGGGAUUUUAGUAUCUUAUUAGGACAAAGAUUGUUCUGGUCUGAGGCACAAACCACUCCAGAGCUACUAUUCUUGAGCUAUAUAAACCACCUGUAGCCUCUAUAUCUUGCUUAUUACCUUCAUGCACCAUGGCUCUUUUCUACACACUCAUUCCUUACUACCAGUUCAGUUAUUAGUUAGAGAAUAUGAAGAUUUCUUGUU